GUCGACUUUCAUGUGCCAGUUGCCUAGUGACGAAAAAGCUACUGAUGAUUUCCUAUGUUUUGAAAAUCGUCUUGUUGGCACAUUAUCCUGCGCUAAAUAAGUUAGAAAUCUGAAUUUAUAAUGUGUAGAAAAUGGGAGAUAUUCACAGGGUUUCUUCAAUUAAUUAAGUAGAUUAUACCCUUUGAAUUUGGGGUAACAAUUAGAAAGAUUGUACGAUUUGAAGUCAUGAAUAAUUACAUGUUUAUCAGAGUUGUUGGAAAGGGGAGUUAUGGAGAGGUGAAUCUGGUGAAACACAAAACCGACCGUAAGCAGGUAAGAAUACAACAAUCCACUUCAAAACAUGGUUUGAAUAACGUUAUAAUAUCACAACAAGUUAGUAACUAGCUAGCUAGUUAAGCUAACGUUAGCUAGCCAGCUAACAAACUAACGUUGAUAUUACUGCCUAUGGGAUCUACAAAUAAGGUAGUUAUUUAGUUUGCUAUUUAGAAAUAAAAAACUGCGGCAUUUGUUGUGAACAUUCUGGCUAGAUUCAUUUGUGACAGAACGUUCGCCACAAAUGCGUCUAGACAGAAUGUUUGCAGGGUGAAAUAUGUGGCGCGAAGUCGAAACCGUUUAAUAUUUUUCCUCAGUAUGUCAUAAAGAAGUUGAACUUGACCACGUCCUCGAAACGUGAGCGGCGAGCCGCGGAACAAGAGGCUCAGCUUCUCUCGCAACUACGACACCCAAACAUCGUGACAUACAGGGAGUCGUGGGAAGGAGAAGACUGCCAGCUCUACAUCGUCAUGGGCUUCUGCGAGGGAGGCGACCUCUACCAUAGACUCAAGCAACAGAAGGGGGAACUCCUACCUGAAAGGCAGGUGGUGGAGUGGUUCGUUCAGAUAGCUAUGGCCCUCCAGGUACAUUGAAGUGCAUCCAAUCAGGGGCGCAACUUUCACUGGGGACUUGGGGGACAUGUCCCCCCACACACACACACAUUCUGAAAUUGCAUUUUUGUCCCCCCCAGUUUUAUAAUUGGAAUGUGAUACAAAACGAGGCAACGGUGUGCUUUAAGACCACGCAGACGCCUCCGAGAGGUUGGGUAGGCUGCUUGAAGUGUUUAUCCGACUGGAUUAAAAUAAUAACAUUACAAAAAAGUUUUGUCCCCCCACUUCUAAAACCAAAGUUGCGCCCCGGAUAACAAUUGAUUGAUAUGCUGCAACAUCUACUCUGCCUCUUGCCAUUCGUUUUGGCAGAGGCAGAGGCUUACGUACAGGAGAGUUAUAGUGACAACAUCUGACUCUUUUCUCUGUUGAAUUGUAGUAUCUACACGAGAAGUGUAUCUUGCACCGGGACCUGAAGACCCAGAAUAUAUUUCUGACCAAGACUAACAUCAUCAAAGUGGGGGACCUUGGCAUCGCCCGGGUUCUGGAGAAUCAGAACGACAUGGCCAAUACCCUCAUAGGAACACCGUACUACAUGAGCCCGGAGCUGUUCUCCAACAAACCCUACAACCACAAGGUACGGUGUACUUAGUAGAUCAAUGCUUGAGAUCAUCACUGUUGGAGCAGCAGUUCUGUUGAGCCAGACACAAUCUGAGGAGAUUGCUGUUGUGGGCACUAGACCUUUUCAUUUGCCAACUUCAACCCUCCUUUUCCCCCCCAGUCUGACGUGUGGGCACUGGGCUGCUGUGUGUACGAGAUGUCAACCCUGAAACAUGCCUUCAAUGCCAAGGACAUGAACUCACUGGUGUACCGCAUUGUAGAGGGAAAGGUCAGCCUCUUACACCUUUUCCCAAAUGAGUAGUCAUGAUCAAUGUUACCUCUAAGCCCUGGGACUGCCAUGCUGAAGAAAUAUCAGCCCACGCAGAGAAGCACGAGAUUUAACUACACUCAACUUUCUAGUUUUAUAAUAUAAUAAUAAUAAUAAUAUACCAUUUAGCAGACGCUUUUAUCCAAAGCGACUUACAGUCAUGUGUGCAUACAUUUUUACGUAUGGGUGGUCCCGGGGAUCGAACCCACUACCCUGGCUUUACAAGCGCCAUGCUCUACCAAUUGAGCUACAGAGGACCCCUUUAGUUAACACUAUCAACGCUUCCCUCUACUGUGGGAAUUGUGAUCUAAUCAACGCAAUAUUAGCCACUUUCAAUGCAACAUACCGAAACAAAAUGAACUAUGCAAGAUACUUUCUUGUAGGCAGAGCACAUUGGAGUAGGAUUCUAUUGCAUUGACAGGCAGGACUCAGGCCCAUACUCUACAUCAGGGUUGCCCAACCCUGUUCCUGGGGAGCUACCCUCCCGUAGGUUUUCGCUCCAACCCCAGGUGUUACUAACCUGAUUCAUCUUAUCAACCUGCUAAUUAUUAGAAUCAGGUGUGCUAGAUUAGGGUUGGAGCAAACACCUACAGGACGGUAACUCUCCUGGAACAGGGUUGGGCAGUCCUGCUCUACACAGACCGGUGCGGCAUAACCAAUCAAAGCUGCAGUAGAUCUAUAUGCAAAUAGACCAUUGUCAUAUAUGGAUCUGUGCCAUUCACUUUGAACUGGACUGUGUUUACAGCAUGAGUGGUCGUGAGUAGAUGCGCUUGUUUUGAGAUCAACGUGAGAGCUGCAUGUAGCCACGUGUGCACAUUUGUUCGUAUGCUUUGCUAAUAAGUGAGUUAUUAGCCCAGAUAUAGAUAAUUUCUAGUCAUCAAUGAGGGAGUGGGUGCUUCCUACAAGAGCUUUGAAAAGUAAGUCAGGUAAAAACAUUUUUUUUUUUGUCUUAAAGGGGUAGUGUUGUAUUUUGAGACGGUCUUGAAUAAGCUUAGUAGCCAAUAGGCAGAGGGUAGUAUAAUUUGUCUGAUUCUCUGUAAUAAUGGUAUGGGAAUAAUAAUGAAUUAUAUUAAGGUAAAGUGUUUUUUUGCAUUAAAAAACAUUUUCAGUCACCUCCUUGCCUGAAGGACAAGUAGAUAAACAGGUUAAUGUCAAGUCCUUCAUGUUUUUUCCAAAAGUCUUAUGGAAUGUAGGACUACAUUGAACACGACACAUUGGCUGUUACUGUAGGCUAAAUGAAAGAACAGCUUUUUCCAUGUUAAAAUGUUAUUGGAUGCAUUUUCUCCAUUGUUUUUGAUGGUAGGCCACUCUGAUAGGCCUACAUUAUGAUCAAAUAGCCACAGUAGCCUACGUGGCCACUUUUAUAACUGUAACUUAAAGUGGGUACAGACUCAGUGUUCACAGUAAAAGAAGCGCACCAGAAGUUGCUCAGAAUUUUCACAAUGUUCAAGUUUGCGCUCAGCAAGCCUGAAUUUUGCUCAGUGCCAGAAAUAAUUAGAGGGAACAUUGCUCAUGAUGACACUGAUUAUUUGUCUGCUACUAGAUUAAUUGAUCUAUUUUCCUGUCAUCCAGUUGCCUCAGAUGCCGAGUAAGUACGACCCUAAGCUGGGAGAGCUGAUAAAGAGCAUGCUGUGUAAGAGACCAGAGGACAGACCUGACGUCAAACACGUCCUACGUCAGCCCUACAUCAAACGACAAAUCGCAAUAUUUUUAGAGGCCACCAAAGAGUAGGUGUCUUCAUCUGUUGUAGCACCUGGCUAACGCUCUCUUUCUCUCUUGCGCGCCUUUGUAUGUUGAAGCAAUAUUUAGUAAAUUAAGUGUGUUGGAUUGAUCUCAUCUUGGAUGUCUUGUUUGUUCCAUUCACUCUAGGAAAACUGCCAAGUCCAGAAAGAAAGCUGUUGGUGGCAGUGGUGCAGCGUCUGUGGUUUCGUCUAAGCCCAGGCCUGAGCCCCACCCUCAAUGUCCCCAGCCAGACCCAAACACAAAAGGGAAGAGGGUGAGAGUGAACAGCUAACAGAACAGCACUAAAAUACUCUGGAAAACACACACACAUAUAUAAACUCAGCAAAAAAAGAAACGUCCUCUCACUGUCAACUGCGUUUAUUUUCAGCAAACUUAACAUGUGUAAAUAUUUGUAUGAACAUAAGAUUCAACAACUGAGACAUAAACUGAACAACUUCCACAGACAUGUGACUAACAGAAAUUGAAUAAUGUGUCCCUGAACAAAGGGGGGGUCAAAAUCAAAAGAUCUGGUGUGACCACCAGCUGCAUUAAGUACUGCAGUGCAUCUCCUCCUCAUGGACUGCACCAGAUUUGCCAGUUCUUGCUGUAAGAUGUUACCCCACUCUUCCACCAAGGCACCUGCAAGUGCCCGUACAUUUCUGGGGGGAAUGGCCCUAGCCCUCACCCUCCGAUCCAAUAGGUCCAGACGUGCUCAAUGGGAUUGAGAUCCGGGCUCUUCGCUGGCCAUGGCAGAACACUGACAUUCCUGUCUUUCAGGAAAUCACACACAGAACGAGCAGUAUGGCUGGUGACAUUGUCACGCUGGAGGGUCAUGUCAGGAUGAGCCUGCAGGAAGGGUACCACAUGAGGGAGGAGGUCUUCACUGUAAUGCACAGCGUUGAGAUUGCCUGCAAUGACAACAAGCUCAGUCCGAUGAUGCUGUGACACACCGCCCCAGACCAUGACGGACCCUCCACCUCCAAAUCAAUCACGCUCCAGAGUACAGGCCUCAGUGUUACGCUCAUUCCUUCGACGAUAAACGUGAAUCCGACCAUCACCCUUGGUGAGACAAAACCGCGACUCGUCAGUGAAGAGCCCUUUUUGCCAGUCCUGUCUGGUCCAGCGACGGUGGGUUUGUGCCCAUAGGCGAUGUUGUUGCCGGUGAUGUCUGGUGAGGACCUGCCUUACAACAGGCAUACAAGCCCUCAGUCCAGCCUCUCUCAGCCUAUUGCGGACAGUCUGAGCACUGAUGGCGGGAUUGUGCGUGCCUGGUGUACCUCGGGCAGUUGUUGUUGCCAUCCUGUACCUGUCUCACAGGUGUGAUGUUCAGAUGUACCGAUCCUGUGCAGGUGUUGUUACAUGUGGUCUGCCACUGCGAGGACGAUCAGCUGUCCGUCAUGUCUCCCUGUAGCGCUGUCUUAGGCGUCUCACAGUACGAACAUUGCAAUUUAUUGCCCUGGCCACAUCUGCAGUCCUCAUGCCUCCUUGCAGCAUGCCUAAGGCACGUUCACGCAGAUGAGCAGGGACCCUGGGCAUCUUUCCUUUGGUGUUUUUCAGAGUCAGUAGAAAGGCCUCUUUAGUGUCCUAAGUUUUGAUAACUGUGACCUUAAUUGCCUACCGUCUGUAAGCUGUUAGUGUCUUAACGACCGUUCCACAGGUGCAUGCUCAUGAAUUGUUUAUGCUUCAUUGAACAAGCAUGGGAAACAGUGUUUAAACCCUUGACAAUGAAGAUCUGUGAAGUUAUUUGGACAGGGUUUCUUUUUUUGCUGAGUUUAUAUAUACACUACCAGUCAAAAGUUUGGACACACCUACUCAUUCAAGGGUUUUUCUUUAUUUGUACUAUUUUUUAAAUUGUAGAAUAAUAGUGAAGACAUCAAAACUUUGAAAUAACACAUAUGGAAUCAUGUAGUAACCAAAAAAGUGUUAAACAAAUCAAAAUAUAUUUUAUAUUUGAGAUUCUUCUAAUAGCCACCCUUUGCCUUGAUGACAUCUUUGCACACCCUGUUGUAAAUUCAAUUGAUUGGACAUGAUUUGGAAAGGCACACACCUGUCUAUAUCAGGUCUCAUAGUUGACAGUGCAUGUCAGAGCAAAAACCAAGCCAUGAGGUCGAAGGAAUUGUCCAUAGAGCUCUGAGACAGGAUUGUGUCGAGGAACAGAUCUGGGGAAGGGUACCAACAAUUUCUGCAGCAUUGAAGGACCCCAAGAACACAUUGGCCUCCAUCAUUCUUAAAUGGAAGAAGUUUGGAACCACCAAGACUCUUCCUAAAGCUGGCCGCCCUGCCAAACUGCGCAAUCGGGUGAGAAGGGCCUUGGUCAGGGAGGUGACCAAGAACCCGAUGGUCACUCUGACAGUGCUCCAGAGUUCCUCUGUGGAGAUGUGAGAACCUUCCAGAAGGACAACCAUCUCUGCAGCGCUCCACCAAUCAGGCCUUUAUGGUAGAGUGGCCAGACGGAAGCCACUCCUCAGUAAAGGGCACAUGACAGCCUGCUUGGAGUUUGCCAAAAGGCACCUUAAAGGACUCUCAGACCAUGAGAAACAAGAUUCUCUGGUUUGAUGAAACCAAGAUUGAACUCUUUGGCCUAAAUGCCAAUCGUCACAUCUGGAGGAAACCUGGCACCAUCCCUACGGUGAAGCAUGGUGGUGGCAUCAUCAUGCUGUGGGGAUGUUUUUCAGCGGCAGAGACUGGGAGACUAUUCAGGAUCAAGGGAAAGAUGAACGGAGCAAACUACAGAGAGAUUCUUGAUGAAAACCUGCUCCAAAGCGCUCAGGACCUCAGACUGGAGCGAAGGCUCACCUUCCAACAGGACAACAAAUUUGCAAAUGUUUCUUGUAGUUGGCCACCAGGUUUGCACACAUCUCAGGAGGGAUUUUGUUCCACUCCUCUUUGCAGAUCUUCUCCAAGUCAUUAAGGUUUCGAGGCUGACGUUUGGCAACUCGAACAUUCAGCUCCCUCCACAGAUUUUCUAUGGGAUUAAGGUCUGGAGACUGGCUAGGCCACUCCAGGACCUUAAUGUGCUUCUUCUUGAGCCACUCCUUUGUUGCCUUGGCCGUGUGUUUUGGGUCAUUGUCAUGCUGGAAUACCCAUUCACGACCCAUUUUCAAUGCCCAAAGCAUAAUGUUUCCACCUCCAUGUUUGACGGUGGGGAUGGUGUUCUUGGGGUCAUAGGCAGUAUUCCUCCUCCUCCAAACACGGCGAGUUGAGUUGAUGCCAAAGAGCUCGAUUUUGGUCUCAUCUGACCACAACACUUUCACCCAGUUCUCCUCUGAAUUAUUCAGAUGUUCAUUGGCAAACUUCAGACGGCCCUGUAUAUGUGCUUUCUUGAGCAGGGGGACCUUGCGGGCGCUGCAGGAUGUCAGUCCUUCACGGCGUAGUGUGUUACCAAUUGUUUUCUUGGCGACUAUGGUCCCAGCUGCCUUGAGAUCAUUGACAAGAUCCUCCCGUGUAGUUCUGGGCUGAUUCCUCACCGUUCUCAUGAUCAUUGCAACUCCACAAGGUGAGAUCUUGCAUGGAGCCCCAGGCCGAGGGAGAUUGACAGUUCUUUUGUGUUUCUUCCAUUUGCGAAUAAUCGCACCAACUGUUGUCACCUUCUCACCAAGCUGCUUGGCGAUGGUCUUGUAGCCCAUUCCAGCCUUGUGUAGGUCUACAAUCUUAUCCCUGACAUCCUUGGAGAGCUCUUUGGUCUUGGCCAUGGUGGAGAGUUUGGAAUCUGAUUGAUUGAUUGCUUCUGUGGACAGGUGUGUUUUAUACAGGUAACAAGCUGAGAUUAGGAGCACUCCCUUUAAGAGUGUGCUCCUAAUCUCAGCUCGUUACCUGUAUAAAAGACACCUGGGAGCCAGAAAUCUUUCUGAUUGAGAGGGGGUCAAAUACUUAUUUCCCUCAUUAAAAUGCAAAUAAAUGUAUAACAUUUUUGACAUGCGUUUUUCUGGAUUUUGUUGUUGUUGUUCUGUCUCUCACUGUUCAAAUAAACCUACCAUUAAAAUUAUAGACUGAUCAUUUCUUUGUCAGUGGGCAAACGUACAAAAUCAGCAGGGGAUCAAGUACUUUUUUCCCUCACUGUAUAUAUAUAAUUAUUCAAGGGUUUUUCUUUAUUUUUACUAUUUUCAACGUUGUAAAAUAAUAGUGACGACAUCAAAACUAUGAAAUAACACAAGGAAUCAUGUAGUAACCAAAAAGUGUUAAACAAAUCAAAAUAUAUUUUAGAUUUUGGAUUCUUCAAAAUAGCCACCCUUCGCCUUGAUGACAGCUUUGCACACUCUUGGCAUUCUCUCAACCAGCUUCAUGAGCAAUGCUUUUCCAACAGUCUUGAAGGAGUUCCCACAUAUGCUGAGCACUGCUUUUCCUUCACUCUGCGGUCCAACUCAUCCCAAACCAUCUCAAUUGGGUUGAGGUCAGGUAAUUGUGGAGGCCAGGUCAUCUGAUGCAGCACUCCAUCACUCUCCUUCUUGGUGAAAUAGCCCUUACACAGCCUGGAGGUGUGUUUUGGGUCAUUGUCCUGUUGGUGAAUAAAAUGAUAGUCCCACUAAGUGCAAACCAGAUGGGAUGGCGUAUUCCUGCAGAAUGCUGUGGUAGCCAUAUUUUGAGCGCUGCAGAGAUGGUUGUCCUUCUGGAAGGUUCUCACAUCAGAGGAGCUCUGUCAGAGUGACCAUCGGGUUUUUGGUCACCUCCCUUACCAAGGCCCUUCUCACCCGAUUGCUCAGUUUGGCAGGGCGGCCAGCUUUAGAAAGAGUCUUGGUGGUUCCAAACUUCUUCCAUUUAAGAAUGAUGGAGGCCAAUGUGUCCUUGGGGACCUUCAAUGCUGCAUAAAUUGUUGGUACCCGUCACCAGAUCUGUUCCUCGACACAAUCCUGUCUCGGAGCUCUACGGACAAUUCCUUUGACCUCAUGGCUUGGUUUUUGCUCUGACAUGCACUGUCAACUAUGGGACCUGAUAUAGACAGGUGUGUGCCUUUCCAAAUCAUGUCCAAUCAAUUGAAUUUACCACAGGGUGUGCAAAGAUGUCAUCAAGGCAAAGGGUGGCUAUUUGAAGAAUCUCAAAUAUUAAAUAUAUUUUGAUUUGUUUAACACUUUUUUGGUUACUACAUGAUUCCAUAUGUGUUAUUUCAUAGUUUUGAUGUCUUCACUAUUAUUAUACAAUGUAGAAAAUAGUAAAAAUAAAGAAAAACCCUGGAAUGAGUAGGUGUGUCCAAACAUUUGACUGGUACUGUAUACUGAACAAAAAUAUAAAUGCAACAUGUAAAGUGUUGGGCCCAUGUUUCAUGAGCUGAAAUAAAUGCACCCAGAAAUGUUCCAUAUUCACAAAAAGCCUAUUUGAUCCCAAAUUCUGUGCACUAAUUUGUUUACAUCCCUGUUAGUGAGUAUUUUCCUUUGCCAAGAUAAUCCAUCCACCUGACAGGUGUGGCAUAUCAAGAAGCUGAUUAAACAGCAUUAUUAUUACACAGGUGGACCUUGUGCUGUGGACAACAAAAGGCCACUCUAAUAUGUGCAGUUUUGUCACACAACACAGUGCCACAGAUGUCUCAAGUUUUGAGGGAGCGUGCAAUUACCAUGCUGACUGCAGGAAUGUCCACCAGAGCUGUUGCCAAAUAAUUAAAUGUUAAUUUCUCUAUCAUAAGCCGCCUCCAACGUUGUUUUAGAGGAUUUGGUAGUAUGUCCAACCCGCCUCACAACCGCAGACCAUGCCAGCCCAGGACCUCCACAUCCGGCUUCUUCACCUGCGGGAUCGUCUGAGACCAGCCACCCAGACAGCUGAUGAAACUGAGGAGUAUUUCUGUCUGUAAUAAAGCCCUUUUGUUGGGGAAAAACUAAUUCUGAUUGUUUGGGCCUGGCUCCCCAGUGGGUGGGCCUGGCUCCCAAGUGGAUGGGCCUAAGCCCUCCCAGUCCCACCCAUGGCUGCACCCCUGCCCAGUCAUGUGAAAUCCAUAGAUUAGGGCCAAAUUUAUUUGAACUGUAACUCAGUAAAAUCGUUGAGGGAGGGAGAGUAAAACUUAUGCUCAUCAAGUCCCACAAGUGUCUUAAUUUUUUUCAUUGUGUUGUAUUUUUGUUCUCAUUCAUAGGAGGAGAUUAACUCACAGAAGCACAAAGGACACAAUGGAAUCAUAGAGGACGCCCCACCCCAGACAUAUUUAGCACCCAAAUCCCCUACACCAGACAUUCUCAACACCACUGGUGCAUCCUUGGCAACCAUCAGUAACAUUGACAUUGAUAUCCAGCCACAGGAAGAGGAGAGAAAGGCCCAGAGAGGGGAUCCUCCCCAGACCGUGCCUAACGCCAGGGAAGAUAAUGACGCUCUGUAUCAGAGACCCGUAGAGGAGCUGAGGGGAGGGAAACAGGAUCCCUCCCACCCUCUGCCUCUCCCUCGCAGGCUGCUAUCAGGUGUCAGUAGCAGGGUAGAGGAGAGGAGGAUCGCCAAUGGACCUCUAAUGCAGUGUGCUUUGAAGCCCAGAGAUGGAGUCAGAACCUCUGUAGAGAAAACUGUGAACAUGGACGAUAAGGAUGACACAAUAGAGCUACUCAAGGAUGUGGUCAUUGAGAGCCCAGCUCCUGAACAGAGCAUAAGUCUGGAUGUUUCCACCAGCUUGCCUGAAUCAAGGUCUGCAGGGGAACUCAAAGUGGAAUCCACUGGACAGACUUUUGAAGAAAAUUUCGAUAACAAAGAUGACACCAUGAAUCUUCUGAAGGAGGAUCCCACACAAAUACAUCCUGCAGAUGUCAGAGUAAGUGCCUGGUUUGUGGAUAGGGAAUGAUUCUCUCGUGCUGCACACAGUGCACAUACGCUAAUAAAUUCUGUGAAUGAGAGUUGUAGUAGUUGUAAACCUCUGUGUUUUCGUCUUUAAAGGAGAGCUUGGAAUCCACAGAAAAGCUCCUUGAGCCUCUUCCUCCUGUGAUAACACAGGUAAGAACCAGUUUGUUUUCUUAUUGUGGGAGUUAGUUUCUUCUAUAGGCUACCACACUCCAUAUAGCACAUCCUUUAGAGGUCAUUGACGCUGGUUAUGUUUUAUCUGUGUAUGUAGGAACCCUGUCACAUGAAGCCCAUCCCUCCAGUCCCAGAGCAGGACACGCCCCCUCUGUGUAUGCCCUCCUCCUCUGAGCCCUCUGUCUCCCGGCAAUGCAGGCAGAAGGACAGGGGGUGGAUACAGAGUGAUCCGGACAAGGUGAGGACAGUGACUGGGGGACUUUAUCAUGGCUUUGGGCUGUCAAACUGUUCUUUGGAACCUAAAGGCUCUUCAACCCUUGCUUGUUCUUUCCCAGUGUGAAGGGGCAGCUCCUAGACCUCUACCGCCUCCUCCUGUUGAUGCAAUGGUAGUGGAGGUGAAGAAGAGGAGCAGGACAAACACAGAGAAGAAGAGGGCUGCCACAACAAACUCCUCAACAACCAUUAGCUCUUCCAAGGACAGCAACACUCCACUGACACAAGUGAGGUCAAUGCACUAAACAGCUACAGGUUUGAGGUCUUGAAUAUACACUGAGUAUACAAAACAUUAAGGACACCUGCUCUUUCCAUCACAUAGACUGACCAGGUGAAUCCAGGUGAAAGCUAUGAUCCCUUAUUGAUGUCACUUGUUAAAUCCACUUCAAUCAGUGUAGAUGAAGGGGAGGAGACAGGUUAAAGAAGGAUUUUGUAAAGCCUUGAGACAGUUGAGGCAUGGAUUGUGUAUGUGUGCCAUUCAGAGGGUGAAUGGGCAAGACAAAAUAUUUAAGUGCCUUUGAACGGGGUAUGAUAGUUGGUUCCAGGCGCACCGGUUUGUGUCAAGAACUACAAAGCUGCUAAGUUUUUCACGCUCAACAGUUUUCCACGUGUAUCAAGAAUGGUCCACCACCCAAAGGACAUUCAGCCAACUUGACACAACUGUGGGAAGCAUUGGCGUCAACAUGGGCCAUCAUCCCUGUGGAAUGCUUUCAUGCCCUGACGUAUUGAGGCUGUUCUGAGGGCAAAAGCGGGGAUGCAACUCAAUAUUAGGAAGGUGUUCCUAAUGUUUGGUAUAAUCAGUGUAUACUGCUAAUUGGAUAUUGUCAAUUGUGUUUCCCUUUUGUUGAAAUAAAGUUGGUCCAACUUUACAAUUAGUUUAAUGCCCAUGUAUUUACAUGGUAAUUAUAUAGGCAGGUAAAGUUUAUAAUAUCUCUACUGCUUCCAGGAGCGUCCUCUGUCAGCCAGGGAGAGGAGAAGACUGAGGCAGUCCCAGGAGAACUCCAGCCAACCAGGUUAACUCCUCCGCCCUGUGUUGUCAAUAUAUCAUAUGACCAUAGGACCAGAAGGAAUUGGCGAGGGCCAUUUUGUCAUAUUAAACAAUAAAGUGGUAGCUCUGCUUUGUAUUGCUCACUGUAGUAUUCUUCUUUCCCGCGGUUAUCAAUGCAGUAAGAAGGGCAUCAUAUGAUGUUGCCUCUUUACAUAAUAAGCAGCCAGAGUUCCAGAACCCCACUGUCACUCGCUAUGCAUCUGAUAUGGGCAAGGAAACAAACAAGGUAACUAUAGGUUGAUCUCCAUUGUCUUACUGUUACAGUAAGCUAAAAGGUCCAUAUAUGGCUUCAGUCUAUGUCAGUGGUGUGUUCUCCUCUAGCAGGACAGGUUGCUGGGGCGACUGUCAGACGAGGAUGAAUACAGCACUUCCACCAGCUCAAUAGAUCGCUCAGAGAGGGACUGCAAAGAGGGGUAAAAACUACUUGUUCUGACUCUUUGGGGGCAGUGCAACCCCACACCCAUAGAAGCACAAACCCCUUUGUGUUGCUGAUAAUGGGCACAUUUCAAUCUGACACAUUUUUUUUUUUUCUAUUGCAGAAAGAGUGAAUCCGGUGAAAUGGAGGACCUGGUUCAGAUGAUGGCCCAGACAUUGCGAAUGGAUGGCAGAGAUGCUGUUAGUGAGCCGGAUGGUGUUAGAUCUGGCUCUACUCCACUGGCUGAGUUUAAGCUAAACAGGAAGUACAGGGACACUCUGGUGCUGCAUGGGAAAGCUAGCGACGAGCAGGAGUUCCACUUCAGUGAAUUACCCAUGGGUUAGUCUCAGCCAAAACAGUCUCCUUGAGCUUGCUUAGCAGUUUCAAUGCUUGUUUCAAUGCAAUAUUGCCCUGGUGACUGGCUUAUCACUGAGAAAUCCAUAUAUUUCUACAUAAGAAAUAAAUGGAUUUAAAUGGUACAUCUGUGAAACUUAUAUGUAUUUUUGUAUUCAACCCACCUCUUACAAGGCUCCACAUCUGGACCGGCGAAGAUCCGCAGAGCAAUCGAGCACCUGAGAACAGAUGUGGUGAAGGGACUGGGGGUGAAGCUGUUGGACAGAGUCCUGGACAUAAUGGAGGAGGAUGACGAGGACAAACGAGAGGUUAGGAUUUAAAAUGACAUCCAUGAUACAGAGUGCAUCCAGCUAGACAUGGCUGUAAUCUGUUUUAUUCUCUCUUUCUCCGCAAACAGCAGUGUCUUCGGGAGCAGAUGGGAGAGGACAAGUACCAGUCAUAUGCUCUGAUGGUGCGGCAGCUAAAGUUCUUUGAGGAUGUUUCUUUCAAGGGUUAG